GCGGCAGUCAGGAACAGGGCAGAUAAGCUGGGCGAGAGCGACUAGAGCGAACGCGUUUCGGGAAGGAAAAAAACAACAACACGUCGAGGCACAGACGGUCCGAUCGGUUCACGGUCCGUCUGCAAGGACUUACUGCUCCUCGGCGAACUGCGUGAGCAUACUCCGCGCUCCGCGAUCGCUUCCGAAAGCGGAGAUUUUUCUUAUCAAAGGGAAGGGUGAAGAUUUCUCAAGUGAGAGUGAGCCUGACGGUUCUGAUGACCUCUGGAUUUGCGGCACUAAGCUUUCCCCUCAGGACGAAGCUUGCACAGUUGCACCGGUGCUGGGAGCCCCCCAAGCCGGCCACAGCGUACCCGGACACGUGCUCCGGCUUCCAGGCACCGGGUGUGAAGCUCGCCUCCUGCCCAGUGACGUUUUGCUCCCUGUCGCCACUGAGACGCCAUUUCUUUUCCUCCUGGUGACACUCUGCCGGUCGCUGCCUUGGCCUACUUUUUGACGGAUGGAAAUAAAUGGAAAAGCAAGUUGAGGAUUAAGCCUGCGGGUUCCAGUCAAACGCUCUUGGUAUUUUUAGGGUUUCGCGAGAAUCGUUUGCUAUGCUGUAACGUGAGAACUGGCUAAGAGGAUGGUAAUGUCUGUGCCGUGAGCUUAGUCGCGGCUUGAGAAUGAAACUAGCCCCCUGUUUGUAGGAGUCUGUAGCUGAACUGCUUUUUAAAUGAGGUGAGCGGUAAUUUCCGGCACUUUCUGUGAGGCAGCCGCCCGGUCGGUUUUUCUCCGUCAUACAGGCGUUACAUACAAGCGAAAAUGUCUUUGUGAAGUCAAGACAAGAGUCAUCUGGCACACUGUGCUUCUCUCAAGCCCCUGCCGGCAGAGGAGCUGGGGCCCUCCUGUAUAAGGCGGGACCUGUCUGUCUUGCCGCCCAUUCUCACCCCCCCUCCCCCCCUGUUCUGGGGGUUCCAGUGCCCCUUGAAACUGAGGCACGUCAGAGCGCUGCUGGAGCCCCCCCAGGGAGCGGCUCGCCUGUGAGGGCCCCCCCCAUACCCACGACGACCCCCAGAUUCGUCACACGUGCUGCCCAGGCCGCACCACCCUCACUGCUACUACCCCCACCCCCAGACUCCACCCACUAAAGGCUCCAUCCUGGAAGGACAGAGACCGCCUGCUGUGGGGACCGCGCAGUCCUGUGGCCUGCUUGUAGAAGUGAACCUUGGCGUGGCGUGGGGAAGGCUGGCCGGCCGAGGGAGCCACUCGACUUCGGGGCCCGCCACUCCGGACCCCGGCCAUGAGGUUUGAUGCCUCGAUCCUUUGACUGGAGACACUGGACCUAAAUGGCGCAGCAUGACUUUGUCCCAGCCUGGCUUAACUUCUCGACGCCUCAGCCCGCCAAGUCCCCUGCAGCCGGUCUCGAGAGGCCCGGAGAGCACCUCCCCCGUGGCUCAGGCCGACCCGGCGUGAGCAGGAGGCGCCACAACUCCUCUGAUGGCUUCUUCAACAACGGGCCGCUCCGAGCCCCCACAGGUGAUGCAUGGCAGCAGCCCUCGCUGCUGCGGCACGAUUCCGUGGACUCGGGCGUGUCCAAGGGGAGUCAGAGUGGGCUGGCGGGCGGGGCCCCUGGCUGGAAGGAGACUCCCAGCUGGCACUCGGCUCCACGUGGAGGUGAGGCGCCCCAGCCACACCACCACCCCCACCGUCACCAGAAGCGGGGGGAGCGGGAGCGCCAGGCCCAUCGGCAGCGUGCUGGUACUUUCCACCCGAGGAAGGCUGCCCCCUUCCAGGACAAGUUUUCCGGAGAGGAACACAGAGACGGCAAGGAGGAGAAGCUGAAAUUUGUGGACGAAGAUUUUCCCUCUCUUAACUCGGAAGCUAGCGGAAAGCCUGCAGGUCAGAUGCGAGUCUUGGCGCCCCCUGCUGGGGUUUGGGAAAACCCCCCCAGCGCCAAGCAACCCAUCUCCAAGAUGCUCGUCAUUAAGAAAGUGUCUAAGGAAGACUCCAGUGCUGUGUUCUCUGCUGGCUUUGCCAGCACCGGUUUCCUGCCCACCAAUGGCAACAAAAUCCCCACCUCCGGCCCGAGCAUUUACAAAAACCUGGUGCCCAAGUCCACUGCCGCCACAAAGACAGGCCCUUGGAAAGCCAAUGGAAGGGAGGCUAAACCAGCCCUGCACUUCUCCGGCCAAGACUCCGCUUUUGUCAGCCCUGUCUCUGCACCCAAACCCCAGGCCUCCGUCAUCACCCCUUCCCAAGCUGUCCCCAGGGAGCUCCCGUCCAGCACCACCCCGCCAAUUGACAUCACACCACCGCGACUCAAACUGAUGCGGCGCGGCCCUGACCGCAAGAGUGACUUCCUGCGGGCCCUGAAGGACGAGCGCAAUGGCGAGCGGAGUUCCAGUGGCAGUCCCGGGACCUUGGGAGAGGGCGAGGGCAGCACUCCUGACGCUAAGGAGUACGGUGAAGGUAUCUGCCACAAAAACGGCAUCGCCCAUUCCCUCAGCGACUCGGACAACGAGCCCCAGUUCCUCUCCAGCUCCCUCGAGGCCGAGCACAGGUUGCUGAAGGCGAUGGGCUGGCAGGAACAUCCUGAGAAUGACGAGAGCUUCCAACCCCUGACUGAAGACGAGCUGAAGGAAUUUCAGACUAAAACUGAACAGCUGAAGAACAGCAGCUUUGGGAGGAAUGGCCUGCUGAAGACAAGGGGCGUCACCCUACAGUACACGCCCUGGAGGCACACCGUGGACGUUGGUGUAGACGAGAGCUCCGAAACAAGCAGUAGCCAGACCUCGGACGAUGAGAAUACCUAAGAGAUUCUUCUCUCUUUCUUUCCUAAGUUUUUUUUUUUUUUUUUCUUUUUUUUUUUUCUUUGCACAAGGGAAACAAUCAUAUCCCAUCGAAGAAGGAAAUGUCAGCUUCUGUAGCAAUGUUUUGUUUCUUCUGGCUCCGCGUCAUCUCCAUCUUCUUGCUGUAUGGGACUGUGUUCGGCAGAAGGAAGGGAGAUGCACAUGAGAUUUUGCUUUAAAUGAGAAAAUGGAGGGAAAAAAGACUAACUUAUAAUGAUGAGAUUAACAAUAAAAAGGUUGAGUUCCUGAUGAAGUGAUACAUCUUGGGGCAGAACUGGCUAUGAGGGACUUUGUGGGCGGGGGUGGGUGUCAUUAUGUCACAACAGAGAGGGUGUAUGUGUGACAAGGACAUGGAAAGCCUAGAACAAUCCGUGUAAUAAAUGAGUGAAGCCAGUUUUGCCUGAAACCACGAUCAGCUCCACUACAAAUAAAGUGCUGUUUGUCAGGGUAGA